CCUGUACUGGCUCCAAAACAACCUGGAAGAAAGAUAAAGCUGGGCUGUAGAGUGGGGGACCGUUCUUAUUCAGUACAAUAGCCAACAAGCAGGCCUGCCUAUUUCUCACCCCUGCACCUUCUACGAUGCCUGUGUUCCCUGAGAACUGACAUAGCCCUGCCUCAGAGUAGGAGGAAGAACGGAAGGGUCUGUUUUUGACUGAGCGAGUGGCAGGCAGAAGGAGUAAGAGUUGGAUCCAGUUCGUAGAGCCAGCCAGACGUGAUCCCCCAAACUUUUUGCUUUCUACGCAACACUGAGAAUGUGAGGAAACCAUACGGACACCAUUUGGUUCCCAAGACCUGUAUUUACUGACGCUAGACAAAGCUACAAGGCCUAGCUAGUUUGGGAAUGUUUCCAGAGCUCUUUAAACCUUCCAAGGGGCUUUGCAAACCUGGCUACUUCUGGGGACAGCAGUGGUCCGAGUGCCAUAAGGAUGUCCAUGAGGAACCCUGUUUCUCCCCACCUGGAACUCGAUGGAGCUGGGAACAUGGUGAACUGCACCAUCAAGACGGAAGAGAAGACAGACAGCUGCCAUGAGUCCCCCCAAGGAGGACCCACCAGCUCCGAUCCCCACUCCAGUGAUUUGCACGGAGUGCCGCUGUCACUGAGAGAGAGUGCUGAGCCCCGGACUCUUCCACAGGAAUCCCGGUCUCCUGUGAGCAAUGCGUUAGAUUCCAGGAGGUCUGCGUUUGAGCCUGCCGUCAGCAGCCAGGAAAAGUUAGAUUUCAACAGAAACUUGAAAGAGGUUAUGCCAACCAUUGAGAAGUUACUCUCCAGUGACUGGAAAGAAAGGCUUCUGGGUAGAAACACCAUGGAAUCCAAAGAGGUGAAAGGAACCCAGGAGAGCUUAGCGGAGAAGGAGCUGCAGUUGCUUGUCAUGAUCAACCAGCUCUCCACCUUGCGGGACCAGCUGCUGACGGCCCAUUCGGAGCAGAAGAACAUGGCAGCCAUGCUGUUUGAGAAGCAGCAGCAGCAGAUGGAGCUGGCUCGGCAGCAACAGGAGCAGGCCUCGGUGCGUUGCACCCCUCCCGUAGCCCCUCGGAGGCGAGCCCAGGCUAAUGGCCCUUGGAAGGCUCGGUUAGCCGGCAUUUUCCAGCCGCCGUAUCAUUGCUGUUUCCCCCCCCGACAGAUUGCCAAGCAGCAGCAGCAGCUCAUUCAGCAGCAGCACAAGAUUAACCUGCUGCAGCAACAGAUCCAGCAGGUCAAUAUGCCCUAUGUGAUGAUUCCAGCCUUUCCUCCCAGCCACCAGCCUCUCCCUGUGACCUCAGACUCCCAGCUAGCACUUCCCAUCCAGCCCAUCCCUUGCAAGCCAGUGGAGUACCCCAUGCAGUUGCUGCACAGCCCUCCCCCUCCGACACUGAAGAGACCCGCCGGCUCAGGCCACCUCCAGAUGCAGGAGUCUUCACAGCCACUGAACCUAACGGCCAAACCCAAAAGCUCUGAGCUCUCCAGUGCCUCCAGCUCACCCAGCUUGAAGAUGAGCAGCUGCCGGUCCCUCACUCCUAACCACGGGGUCACGAGAGACCUUCAGUCCAGCCCUCCCAGUCUGCCUCUGGGAUUUCUGGGAGAGGGGGACGCCAUCACUAAAGCACUCCAGGAUGCACGGCAACUCCUGCACUGCCAUAGCGGGGUGACGGAGAGCUCUCUGAAUAACCCCUACCGGAAGGACCAAAUGGGCUUGGAUUCCUCGCCCAUGAAGGAGCGGAUGGAGGAGACGUGCAUGCACAGACUGGACGAGUCCAUGUUAACCUGUGAUGUGGAUGGCUCACGACACUUCCCCGAGUCCAGGAACAACAACCACAUAAAGCGGCCCAUGAAUGCUUUCAUGGUGUGGGCCAAGGACGAGAGGCGAAAGAUUUUGCAGGCCUUCCCGGACAUGCACAACUCCAGUAUCAGCAAGAUCCUGGGAUCCCGGUGGAAAUCGAUGACGAACCAAGAGAAGCAGCCCUAUUAUGAGGAGCAGGCGCGGCUGAGCCGGCAGCACCUGGAGAAGUAUCCCGACUACAAAUACAAGCCGCGGCCAAAGCGCACCUGCAUUGUGGAGGGGAAGCGGCUGCGCGUGGGCGAGUACAAGGCGCUGAUGAGGAACAGACGGCAAGACACCAGGCAGGGCUACUUGAUAGCGCCCCAGGGUAGUCAGAUGCAAGCCUCUUCAUCAGAUGUCCUGUACCAGAGGCCGGUGAGCAUGCAGCUGGUGCCACCGCUGGUGGAGCACUGCCUGCCCCGCAGCAUGGACCCCAACAUGCCGGUCAUUGUCAACACACGCAGCCUCAAGUCGCAAGAGGGUGACGGCGGGGAGGACGGGCACUCGGUGGCGGAUGGCGAGAUGUACCGGUACAGCGAGGACGAGGACUCCGAGGGCGAGGACAAGAGCGACGGGGAGCUGGUGGUGCUCACAGACUGAGCAGAGAGCCGGGGUGGGGUGCGCGUGUGUGAAGCGGGGAGCAGCAGCAGAUUUUGCAGUGUUCCCCCGCCUGGGACUGGAACUGAAGACCUGACUGAGUGGGGAGGAGAUGGGAAUGGGGGCUUGGGGAGAACUGCCAUCACAGCAUGGCUCCCUGAUCUAGGAAGUGACUAGAUUCAGGGGGUCGCUUGCGAACCCCUCUGCGUGCAGAGCUCUUUGCAGCUGGGCCACCCUUGCCCCCCGAAUGGCCUGGCAUGCAGGGCUGUGCUGGAUGUAUAUAGUGGUGUGCGGGGGACAACGGGAAGUGUGCAUGCCAACGCGCACAGCAUGGGGGGAGCCUUAGCUCAUUCGCCCGCCCAGAAGGAAGAGGUUCCAGCUCUGCUGUAUAAUGCAUUUACCCAAGCAGCAACGGGGAUGGUGCUUGGCAUGAGCUGACAUCUGGAUAUUUCCUUGUGGCACAGAGGAGGGAGGUGCCUGGCCCCUCAGCAUGGGGGCAGAGCAAUCCCAAGGCUGUGUAAAAGCUAGCUAAAGUGGGAGGGGAUGCAGCUCUAGGAUGGUGGAGCUGUGAACGUGGGGAGCUACUGCACAGCGGAUCCAGAAACUGCCCCUGUGGAAUCCAGCUUUCUCCCUCCGGAGGUUGCAGGGGCAUGGGUUAAUGGCUCCCUGCCGGGCAGGCCUCUCGCCAGCAUGAGCAGCAGGAAGUUUAAAGACGGGCUUCCGGGUGAGGUGCUGCAGGGUUAGUUGGAUGUGGAGGAGCCCAGCUCCCCUUGACUGAGCCAUGUUGUGCGCGGAGAGCCAGGCCUGUGGGGGAGAAAUCCCCGCACAGAGGAGAUGCAGGUAGGGGUGGGCUUCCCUCCACUCCCUCUUAUCCUUAGGCACCAAGGUCCAUCCGGAGUCCCCCACUGCAUUGGGGACGGGUGCUACCUCCUCCUGGCUCCCUGCUGGCUAAGGAACAAACCCACUUCAUGGGAGCCCUCUCUCUAGGGCUGCAGAUCCAGGCCCGCUUGGAGCAUGGGGCUCAGAGCAGUUGGUGGAGGGUCCCAAGUGAGCUACAAACAGCCCAUAUGGGAAACGCCUCCCGAGACUCUCCUGCCGUUAAGCUAACAGGACGCGUGGGGAUGGGGGAAGAGGGCUGGAAAACUUAACCUGCCCCCAGCGUUACAGAUGCAUUUGCCUCUGGGCAGCCCUGGCUCUGCGAGGGUUAAAUAAGGAAAGACCCCAGCGGCUGGGAAGACCUUUGUCCAUUGUCUUCCCCCCGCCCCCCCAUCCCGGCCCUGUUGUGCAGCCAGCUGAGGAGAAUCCUCACCUGUUCGGGGCCCUGCCAGCUGCAACAGGAAAAACACAGUUGCCACCAUUCAGCCAGGCUCUCUGGGGCCUUUUCAUUUCUCCAAAGCAAAUGUCUGGGUGGAACACUUGUUCCUCAUUCAGUCUGUGUGCCAGCCCACCCCGCCCUCGCCCCCCGCUCCUUUGCUCAGGCCUUUCUUUCUCUCGUUCCCCCCCUUGCUCUCUGAACCCUGCCAGUAAAUUCCCAUGGAGCCAUUUUUAGCUCUUGACUAGCAUGAGUAAGAGCCAAGGUCUCAGAGGAGCCUUUUAUCCUCCUGACAGCUCUGGCCCAGUUUGUAAAUAAAGCUGCUGCCCGUUUCUUUGCAGUGGCAUGGCAGGGCAUUCUGCUGCAGAGGGCUCAGCUCCCGGCAUGGGACGGGCACGGAGCCCCAGCCUGUCCCAGCGGCACGGCAUUGGCUAACGGUGCCUGUAGCAGACUGGGACCCUCGGGUUGGGAUUCCCCUGCGGCUCCCCCAGGUGAACCCCAUUGGCUACCGGAGGGCCUGUGCUGCUCUUGCGGGUCUCCUACAGCUUUGCAAAUCCGUCUGAGCCGACACACUUUGCCAGCCACUGUCGCAACGGAGCAUGCCAGCUGUGUUCUCUUCACCUCCCCAAGCAAAUCCUCCUGGCUGGAGGUAUGAUACAGGCUAUGCCUCAGGGCUGGAAACCAGGUCCCAGCAUGGGACCCUGGCUCUCCCUGGUGGCAGGAGCUGAAAUGGCAUCCAAAACAAGCCAGCAGCCCACAGGCAGGGAGUUAGUCCUGGCUGGCAGGAAGGCGAGGUCCAUUCUGACAGCUGGGAUCCUGUCACCUGCAGAGUCCCUUCCCUAGCAUGGCCCAGGCUGCAGUGGGAGGGAAGAGCCCCAGCAGCUCAGGUGGCCGCUAACAGCGAGAGCUGCUGGACGUCCCCCUGGCCUGCGCUGUGGAUGGAGGCGAGGGGAGGUGGUCCUCUGCAGGUGCUUCUCUUCUCCGCCCCCUCCCUGAUUUGGCUUUAAUGCUGCUUGGCAAAGAUUCCCCCUCAGGAUCAUGUUAUUGGAGGGGGGUUCUGCUUUACUUACACACCUCCGGACUCUGGCGCCCCAGCUGGUGGCUGCUAGAGGCGUACGGCCUGGGGCCUUGAUAGGGAACACGCGGCCCCUGGAGAAGAGCUGCCCGAGAUCACUUUGCUGUAACUGGUUGCCUUUAUGGAGGGAGGCAGGCCCAGGCAGGCCUGGGUUAAAUGGGGUGAAUCCCUGAAUCUCCAGGGUAGACAUGGCAACAACUGGCUGACCUGACUUGGCCGCUCGAUCUUGUAUCCAGCUUAAGAACUGUGCAUCAGAGCCCCAGCUGGUCUAAAUCAGCAUAGCUGUAUUGAAGCUGAUGGACCUCUGCUGAUUUACACAAGCUGAGGAUCUGGCCCUCUUUCUUCUUCUUCUUCUUCUCUCACCUGCUGCUGUCCUUAUUUUUUGUGCUAUACGCAGCACUCCCUUUCUGGCCUGGGGCGUGGGCCCCUUUCCUGGCUUGGGCUUGGUUCCUCGCAACCUCGAAUUUCUUGUGGUUUGUUUUGCUUGUUCCUUUGUCAGUGCAGCAACUUCCAGACUGGGGGCAUCCCCAGGCUGAGAAAAGUGUCUCCUUCCUAAACUGCUGCACAAGUCAGCCAUGCUGGGAGAAGGAGAGCUUCUCUAGAGUUCUCUCGUAACCCCCUGUAGUGAUUUGGGGUCCCGUCACCCUGGUGUCCAGCCGAAGGUAGGCACAGCACAGGUUGCUCUGUCAGAAAGCGGCGCGUUUGUAUGCGAGACAGAGAGCGUCUGAGUGAACAGUGGUCCUCAGAUUCAGGGCAAAACUGAACUGAGGGGACGGGUGCGUGCGGGUAGGCUGAACCUCAGGAUCCCCUCAAAGGCCCGGUGGCAUAUCUGCCCCAGCUGGUGCUGGCUUUUCCAUGGCAGGGCUCAGCCCCUGUAAGGGUCCCUUUCUCCGUUAUUUAUUACACCUGCCCCUCCUGUGGUGUCCUUGACAAGCCCCUGGGGUCCAGGUUAGGGGGGCUAAGGGGGAAGGGAUGGGAGGAAGGGGACUGGACAGGCAGGAAUGCAUUGGAAAUAGGAAUCAUCCCCCGUUCUGUAAAUCGGCCCCAGAUGUGCCCAAGGAACCAGCUGUUUUUUGGUUUUUUUUAUGACUGUAAAUAUAGAUAGAGCUUUAUUUUGUUAAUAAGACGACGAGUAACUUAACCUGUAUAUUUCACAUACUUGUUUACAACGGUGGGGUUUUUGUUUUUGUUUUUCCCCUCUUGGCUCAAUAAAGAGGAUGUUUUGGAGCAGA